AUAUUGUGACAACCAUAUGUGUUAACAGUUCAAGAUAGAUAAAAACAACAAUAAGAAGAAGCAUUUCAUGUCAAUAAUAUUUUGUAUUUUUGUUUGCGUGGACAGAAAAUAAUUUUAUAAAAAUGAAUGAAGCCGAUAUACCCAUUGACAUCCAUACCCUGAAGCUUUUGGAUUGGCUGGUCAGCCGACGUAUUGUACCCAAAAACAUACAAGCAGCUCUUAAGGAUAUAAGAUCCAAAAUAACUAAUGCUUUGCAGGAUAUGCCAUCAAAUGAUGAGCUGAUUAAACUGCUCAAAGGAUCAAACAUCAAUUACUUUCACUGCAAGGAAAUAGUGGAAAUUCUUAAGCAAACAGAAAAGGAUACAAAGAGCAUAUUUGGCAGUUAUGGCAGCCAAAGAAUGAAAGAUUGGCAAGAGAUUAUACGUUUGUAUGAAAAAGAUAAUGUCUAUUUGGCUGAAACGGCUCAGCUGUAUGUACGCAAUGUCAACUAUGAAGUGCCUAAUGUACGUAAACAAAUGACGAAAUUGGAACAACAAAGCGAAGAAUCGUUAAAACGUAGCCAGGAUCUUAAUAAGCCAGAGACUCAACUAUUGGCAGAACAUGCCGCUUUGUUGCAGCAGCUAGGUGUCAAAGGUGAUAAUUUAAGGGAAGAAUUUACCCAAGUGCUGUUAAGUUUGCCUGAAUUGUAUGCUAAAUCCAUAAAAAAUAUUGGUUCUUUAGAGGAGGCAGUUGAUUUGUAUGCCUUGACUACAGGACAAAAUAAACAACAAUGUCUUCCCAUUACUAGACAUUUAAUUGAAUUUGGUAAUACUACUGUCUAUCAGUAUAUACACAAAGAAGCCCCUUUGGCUGUGGAAGAACCACCCAUUAAACUUAAUUUAAGUGAAGAACAUACAGCGAAAGCAACAGAAGAUAACGAAAUUGAUUUUGGUGAUGACAAUGGUGGUGCAUCGUCCACCAUUUCGGGAGAAAUGAUCGAUUUUGGUGAUUUAAAUAUGGAUAAUGGGUCAACGGGAGGUAUUGAUUUUGGUGAGGGCGUUGAAAGUGGUGGUGAUAUUGAUUGGGGUAUUGAGAGUACCCCCGCGGAAGCAGUUGAAAUUAAUUUCGACAUACCCAUAGAAGAGUAUGGUAUAGUGGUUGAGGGAGCUGGUAUGGAUGGUGGUAUUGCCAAGGGCGACCAAGCCUACACACUACUCGACUCCCCCAACUAUCGUGAAAGAUUCACCGAUGAACUCUACGAACUAGAAGCCUUUUUGCGUAUGCGUCUCUAUGAGCUGCGCCAAGUCAAUACGGCUUCUAGUAAUAUUAUGUUUUCUUUAAUGGAAUCCAUUUCCACACACGAUGAGGAAUCGAUACGCAAAAUGAUCACACAAGUUGAGAUCAUACUUAAGGAAAUAAGUAGUGAAAAUACACGUCAUCUCUUCCAAUUGAAACAUUCACCCAAAUAUGCUGAUUUAUUGGCUUCGAAAUUGAAACAAAUGUUAAAGGCUGUAGAGAAAAUACGCACAACCCGACAAGUGCUUAAAGAACGUGCAGCCGAGUUGAAAGAACAACGUUUAGCACUGGUGCCUGUACUAGAGGAACUAGUGGCUCAGACUAACAAGUUGCAGGGACAAAUUGAACAGGAUAUAUCGAAACGUUAUAAAAAUCGUGUUGUUAAUUUGAUGGGCGGUGUUAGUAGUUAAUUAUAAGAAUGUGUUAUAUAUAAAUUGAUAAAGUAAAUUGUUAUUGGACUUACUUGUAAUAUAAUAUCUAUUAUCAGCGAUGGGUUUGCUCCUUCAUUUGUUUUAUUAUUAUUUUUCCUCCACAUUUCACUUGUAAUUAUAAAAAAACAGUAAAGAUUUUUAAAUAAAUAGUUCUUACAGCUA